CAUGUUCUCCUGGCAGCGACGAAUUCGAAAGGCCCUGUUAAUUCUUUCUCUUAUAUCUUCAACAAGCGCUCUGGAUCUAUGGCCUUUCCCUCCAAAGAGAUUCAAGGGGAAUGCAUUGCUAGAGGCCGGGUCACUCGCGUUGGGUAAUGACGAGCGUGCAAUCGCGUUCGGUGAUUUCAACGGUGACCAAUUUCUAGACAUUGUGACUUUGGAUUCUGGCGCGCGGAAAGUGACGGUACACAUUUGGGAUCACCAGUCUUUCAUAUUCCGUGAUGCUGCAUCCUUUACGCACUCGGAGCAAAUAUACAAUGUGGUCCCCGGAGACUUUACCCAUGAUGGCACGCUAGACCUGCUCGUCAUGAGUCGUGGCUCCUCGCCUUCCGAGAUCAAGAUGGCUUUGUAUGUUGGCUCUCCAGGGCGUGGAUUCGAAUCAUCCCCGAUAUCCGUCCCUUCGUCAAACGCCGCACAACCAAUUCCAUUGGACGCAAAUGGCGAUCUAAGUAUCGACUUGCUGGGGAUACGGCCAGGCUCGAGUUCCUUAAGCAUUUGGAACAACGUGUUCAAUGGCUCGGAUCCGAACACAUCCGUAUUUUCUGUGACUGAUGCUCCAUUUAACGGUGCAACGUGCUCCAUAUCAAACCCUCAUAGCAAUGCGGUCGUCGAUCUCGACGGAGAUUGUCUAGCAGAUGUCUUUCUUGUAUGUGACGAUGGAACCGGGAGUCAAAGCUUCCAGAUCUGGAGGAAUGACAAGAACGACGGUUUUACGCUUGCCCAAACGGGACGUCUUCCCUCUGGCUUGCAAGCAAUAUCAUUCGCCGAUAUAGACCGAGACGGAACUAUUGACAUGGUGUUUACGACUUGCUCUUCGGUCUCUCCCUCUACAGGAAUCGGCUCUGGAUGCGACAUCCACAUCGCAUAUAAUAAGCAACUGCCGCUCUGUACUUCUCCGACAACUUCUGGACUUCGUAAUGGAAAGAAAAUAUGCAGGCAGCCUGAUCAACUUUGUGCUGCGGAUCCCGACUUUCAGUUUGACUUGAGUGAACGGGACGGUAAUGACGGAUAUGUGAAAUUUCCGGUGACCGACCUCUAUCCAUCAAGCUCACUGCUUGUCCGUGAUACUCGCCCAUCCCCGCCAGUACCAAUACCCAUCCAUCUCGGUGACGCGAAUCUCGAUGGCUUUCCAGACUUGCUCUUUAUCACGACGACUGAUCCUCACGGUGGUUUCCUCGGAAUAGGUGAAACCAGUGAACGUACGCCACGCUUAGCGCUUUCGAUGCCGUGCGCAAAAGGUAUUGCCGGAUGCGAUACUAAUGGACGCGGGCGCGUUGGGUGGAAGGUUGUAAAGAAAGAAGCAGGGCCAAUGAAUCGUGUGCUUGACGCCACUGGUGUCUCAUUUCUAGACGUCGACGAGGAUGGCACGCUUGAUAUUCUUGUUCAGAGGACCGGAGAGCAAGGUCAAGGACCUUUCCUAUUUGUCCAGAAUAAUUUUUUCUUUGACGCCUUCUUCCUCAAAGCCAUUGUACUCAAUGGGGCAUGCGACAACGGCUGGUGUUCAGGGCGUAAUGGUUCAGGUCGCUAUCAUCCUUUCGGAGUCAGCUACUCUGGUGCAUCAUACAAAUACACCAUCCUAGAUACUACAGGUCGUCGAUCAGCUGCUCAAGUCGCACAACUACCACAAACGGCCUAUCAGUCACUUCUUACACCUUACUCGUUCUUCGGUCUUGGACGGACAAAUAACUACAUCGAGAAUCUUUUUGUUGGUUCAACAAAGAAGAAUACUUCACAUUUCGUAAAUAUGGAAGGCGUCAUACCGAACUCGAAGGUGGUCAUCUAUCCUCCGGCUAGUGACGAUGGAUCUUGGAGACGCGAGUUGUAUUUGCGACCAGGAGCAUGGAUUCCUUGGGUUACGCUUACGGUUGUUGUGACAGUUAUCGUGUUGGCUUGUGUUGUGUUUGCUCUGCACCUGAACGAAAAGCGUGCCGACGAGUUGGAGCGUAGGAGAGCAUCACAUCACAUUAACUUCGACGCAUUAUGACCCAUGUUCACUUUGCGUUUCCCAUUUUUGGUCGACGUCAGGAAACGUGUUCAUCGGUUUCACAUACUUAUUUAUAAUAAUCAAUUUAAUUGGUUCAGGGUACAUCCCGCCUGAGUCCGC